AUGGAACCUUCAACUAGAAAUAAUCCGCCAGGGCCUCCAAGAAACCCUUAUGCAAUUUCUCACGUAGGAGGCCCUUCUAUAGUAAAUAAAAGACAAGUAAAUGUAAUAGGCGCCACUUUUUUAAUUGAUGCCAGAUAUGAAGUUAUAGGGACUGUGGGCAGUGGCGCUUAUGGGGUUGUGGUAUCUGCAAGAGAUACUCUUACAGGCCAGCGCGUCGCAAUAAAAAAAAUCGAAAAAGCCUUUGAGCAUUCUACGUUUACAAAAAGGACAUUGAGAGAACUAAAAAUACUGAGACUAUUGGAGCAUGAUAAUAUUAUGAGAAUUGUGUCUAUUCAGCUACCGCUUUCUAGAGAAGAAUUUGACGAAAUUUAUGUAAUAAGUGAACUUAUGGAAACUGAUUUAAGCUCUAUUAUUAAGUCUCCUCAGGUAUUUUCUGAUGAGCAUUGCCAGUUCUUCUUAUAUCAAAUCCUGAUGGGCUUAAAAUAUAUGCAUAGUGCAGGAAUAAUCCAUAGAGACUUAAAACCCAGAAACUUGCUGGUGAACUCAAACUGCGAUUUAAAAAUAUGUGACUUUGGGCUUGCGAGGCCUAUUAUAAGUGAUUUAAAAGUAUCAGGAGCUCAAAUGACUGAUUAUGUAGCUACCAGAUGGUAUAGAGCACCUGAGGUCCUUUUAGCGUACAAAAAAUAUUCAUCAGCUAUGGAUAUGUGGUCAGUUGGAUGUUUAUUUGGAGAAUUAUUAUUAAGAAAACCUAUUUUGCCAGGCAAUGAUUCUAAUCAUCAAUUAGACUUAAUAUUCAAUCUGAUAGGAACACCUACUGAUGAAGAUAUAGAAUCCAUCCCAAAUCCUUUGUCAAAAGAAAAAGUUUCCAGAUUAGCUAAAAAACCAGGAAAAAAUUUCCAAACAAUUUUUAGGGACGCGAAUCCUGAUGCUUUAGAUUUACUAACUCCUCUCUGUUAGUGGAAUAAAGCCAUUGGAAAAAUCUCUAUUUUUUGGGGAAAAUCCACUCUCCUUUGUGAGAGAACAAAAAAUUUUUAUGAAAAAUUAUUUUUAUAUAUAAGUAAUAAUUAUAAUGAAAUCUCGAGCUAAUUUCAAUUUUUUACAUAAAAUUUUACUAACUCCCCCCCCCCCCUCCGUGAGCGAACAAAACCAUUAGAAAAAUCGCCAUUUUUUGACCAAAAACCCACCCUCCGUGAGUGAACAAAAAUUUUUUUAAUAGAAAAAAUUUUAAUGGAAAAAAAUUUUGAUAUAUAAGUGAUAAUUAGUAUAAUGAAAUCUAGAGCUAAUUCUGUUUAAUUUUAAACAAAUUGCGUUUUUAAAACAUAAAUUUUGCAAAUUAAAUUAAUAUUUGCUUCCCAAUUUUUGCAAAUUAGGAUUUUUUUUAAAUUUCGAAAAAAAAUAUUUUUUUAUAAAAUUUAUAUAUAAAUGUUUUUUAAAAAAAAAAUUAACCCCCCUCCGUGAGCGAACAAAAUUUUUUUUGUUCGCUCACGGAGGGGAGGGGGGGAGUAAUCGAAUUAAUAUUUGCUUACUCCCCCCCCCAUCCUUGAUCGAACGAUUGACUGUAAAAAAUUCCUAAAAAUUGGGAAAAUUAAUCCCCAUCCUUGAUCGAACGAUUUUGAUAUCAUGCAAAAUUUUAUAUAUAUAUAAAAAUAUAUUAUUUAUCAAAAGCUUGGGAAGAUGUACAUAAUGAAGUUGUUUUCAGAGACUUUGAGACGACAGAAAGCUUCGGAAUCAACCAUUCGAAGUGAUUUAGUCAUCAAUCAGGGCUUAAAAACUCAAUAAUCUAAUAAAAUAGAGAUUCUUUAAAAUUUUUAAAAAAAAAUUUUAAUUUAUAAGAAACAAAUUAAAAUUUAUACAGUUUAAAGGGGUAACUAAUAAUUAAAAUAUAAAAAAUUGGUAUUUUUAUGAGAUUAAUUCAAUUUUUUGCUGUAAAAAUAAUUAUUAAAUACUCUUAACACUCUUAUUUAAAAGUAAAUAAAAAAAUAUAUAUAUAUAUAUAUAUUUUAUUUUAUAUAUAAGAUUUUUUUCCCAAAAAAAUUUUUUUUAACCCCCAUCCUUGAUCGAACGAUGGCGAGUCGUUCGAUCAAGGAUGGGGGGGGAGUUAAAAUUAUUCGAAUGGGGGAUUUUUUUAAUUUUUAAAAAAAAAUUAUUACUACAAAUUUAUAUAUAGAAAAUUUCCCAUAGAUGUCGCUGUUUGCCCUUGAUUUGCCCAUUGGGGGAAUUGUUUGGUUCGACCAGUACCAUAUGGUUUGGUCAAACCAAAAAAUAUUCCUCAUGGGCAAAUCAAGGGCAAACAGUGCCAUCUAUGGGAAAUUUCUAUAUACAAUUUUUGAAAAAAAAUUAACCCCCCUUUGUGAACUAAAAAAUUUUUUGUGCGCUCAAGGAGGGGGGAUUAAGAAAAAUGCUUAUUUUUAACCCCGAAAAGCGAAUCACAGUCCAAGCUGCCUUAGAGCAUCCAUAUUUAGCCACUUUUCACUGUGAAGAAGACGAGCCAACUACAACUCCUGUAUCUAUGUUUGAUUUUGAGUUUGAAAAGCAGCCACUAAUGAUGAGGCAGCUUAAAGACUUAAUUUACGAAGAAAUUUUGCUAUAUCAUUUCCCUCAAAAAAAGGAAGAGUAUGAAAAACUUAAAGCAGAGUACGACAAUCAGCAGCGCCAAGCCGGGAAAAGCAUGCCACAAGAGUUUGAAGAAGAGGAAGAGGAAGAAGAGCUUAAUUAA